AUGGAUGGCGCUUUCCCAGACCUGGAGUCGAGUAACAAGGCCAUGGAUGCAGCUUUCGAUUUCGAAAGUGCCGCUAGUAGUCCCAUUCCGCAGUACAUCAGCAUCAAAACGAUCCGCCUCUCCGUCUCCGCUUUACCUAGUCAAGGCAAGUCACCCAUGAACCAAUGGGCUGGCCGGUCACCUUCUUCGCUCCUAGAGGAGAGUUUCGGGGGUAUCAAUAUGAACGCCAGCUCGCCCCUGAACUCCAACUUGAACUUUGUCCCGAACAACUUCACCAACUUUGGCCUCAGCUUUGCACCUUCUCCUCCGCAAAGCAACAUGAAGUCGGAAACAACGCAGCGUCAUGUUCUAACGGUUCACCCUACAUCCCUCAAGUCGCGCGUGGAGACACAGAUCCCCAUCAGGUUAACUCUAUUCCCUCUGCCUUCCGGCGUGAAGAAAAUACGUUUGCCAAGUCACACCAUCUCCAAGCCAAAAUUCCUUGCCCCAGCGUCGGCCGACCGCGCCCCGGACACCGUAGAGCUGCACACAAGUCUUGUUUGUACGAGUGCAAUGCAGGAUCAGGAAAAGUUGAAGAAGGCAUUUGCACGAGCAAGAGGAGAACCGCGCUACCGUUCCUCCAGCUCGAGUCCUCAUCCUGUCGAUGACGUACAGGAAGAUGAUAAACCUUUGGACGGAGGAGAGGUAAAGAUUUGCUCUGGAUGCAUACAGCGGGAGCGGAAGCGAGCUUUUCGUAAAAAGCAGAGGAAACCAGAAGAGGAUGAGCUCUUCCAGAAAGAUGAAGAAAAGAGGGUCAUUGUGUUCAACACCAAUGAGAUCAAGGAUUGGACUGAGCCUUCUAAGAACGCCUUGCCUAAUUAUGGUGACAUCCCGAUCCCAGCUGUCCCUGCCGGAGCUAUGCAGGUAGAGCUACCCAUGCGAAUUGCAUGCUACUGCAGACAUCAAAACGAGAAGCUGGGAUUUCAGGUCAUCUUCACAGUCAAGGACUAUAAGGACAAUGUUAUUGCCCAGGCGAUAACGAAUUCAAUUAUGAUCACAGAUGAUCACAAAACCCAUGCCCCUCCUGCGCCUCCGGCCCCCGGCCCUUCGCCCUCCUUACCUGAUGGAACACAGUUGCCGGGUGUUGGUGUGUUUCCGUCUGGUCCGGUCCUCGACAGUGGAAAGUCAUCUGCUUCAUCGCAACCAUCAUCUGCCACAGAUUUGCAAGGGCUCCAGCAGAGGUUCAACACGCAGUAUCAACUGAACUCAGGGUCUUUUGCGAUGCCUCAGAAUUCCUCGACCUCGUCUACAUCGCGCAAUCUUUCACGUCAAACGUCACCAAACGACUUCCAAGGCCCGAUGAGCAAGAGACGUAAACACAGCAAUUCCGGAAGACUUCCAUCCGAGUUAACCAUGACUAAACUGGACAAUGCGCAGCCGUCUACUGGUGUCUCUGGUACUCCAGCUCUCAACAAUGAACCGCCAUUCUCCGCACCGCGUGGGUUUGCAUCGCCUGUUGAAAGGCCUUUCGUGACAGCCUCAGCCAUGUCUGGUCAAUUCCCGAACAGUCCUCCGACUCCUAAUAGCGGCGACAGCAAUCCGUUUUUCAACCCUAACUCACAACAACAGCAAAGCCUGGAUAGUUUUAUUCAACAACAAUUGAUGUCGGCACCAAAUUCCGCUCAACCGAGUCGUCCUGGAACCCCCGGGCCCUCUACGCGGAGCAACUUUCAAGAGCAAAACCUUAGUCUUCCAUUGGGCCCCAAUACGUCAACCCCAAUGUGGCCUCCUCUCACGAAUGCUGGAAACCGGUUGCCUUCUGUCAUUCACAAGUUGGUUCCAGCCGAGGGCUCCAUUACGGGAGGAACUGAAGUGACGCUCUUGGGAAGUGGGUUUUAUCCCGGUAUGGAAGUUGUCUUCGGCGACACCUUGGCUACAACCACGACCUUUUGGGGUGAUAAAUGCCUCAACUGCUUGACCCCACCUGCACUCCAGCCUGGACUGGUUGCCGUUGUCUUCAAGCAUGAGCAUCCCACAUUUGGUCAGGUGCAGACGCCUCAACCUUUGAUGCCGAAACAGCAACAGUUUUUCCGUUAUGUGGAUGACCGGGAGCUCCAGAUGUAUCGCCUCGCUCUGGGUAUACUCGGACAGAAACUAGGCAGCCAGGCGGAUGCUUUCCAAACUGCUCAGCAGAUCAUGGGUAGCGACCCCAAAUCCGUCUUCGGCCUGCAAAAGGAUUUCCAAGGAGGCUCUGGCGGUGGCUAUCAGCGGCAAGUGCCCGGAUUAGAGUCACAGGGUAAAUUAGGUGACAUGGACUCUAAGAUGUUGACCUACCUCGAAUUUGUCGAUCUCGAUGAUAGCCCCCGCCCACCCAAGUACAAUUCACGCUGCGCAACGGGCCAGACUCUGCUUCACUUUGCAGCAUCCUUGGGGCUGACACGGUUUGUCGCCGGACUGCUUGCUAGAGGUGCCAACCCAGACGUGCAGGACAACACUGGGAAUACGCCAAUGCAUCUGGCCGCCUUGAACGGCCAUGCCCAUAUCGUCAACAGGCUCCGUCUGGCUGGAGCAAAUGUCAAUAACCGUAGCAUUCGCGGUUUUACUCCCGCUGACAUUGCUUCUACCCUACCCGCUCAUCAAGCUGCUUUGGUCCCAGCGCAGCAUCGCCGCUCACGAAGCGUUGGGUCAUUGGCAUCGUCGCGACGCAGACACAGUAGCUCUGCCUCCCUUCAUUCGCUGUGGGAGUCUUCCUCGGGUUCGUUCGAUGAAGCCAUCGAUGACUCGUCUGAUCUGGAUGAGGACGACAGUGACGACCUCGAGUUUACGGUGUCACGGCGGUCAAGCAUGCAUCACGACGUGCCGGCACCGCUCCCGAAUGCCGACCAAGCCUCGGCGCCUGAGGACGCGCGACCAUUCUCUCCGCCCGCCGCCCUUGUCGCUUGGCGGAAUCAGUUACAGACUCAAAUCAAUCAGUUCCAGCAAAGCGUGGCCAAUGCGUUCCCUAAUCUUCCCGCAUUGCCACCCAUGCCGGCUUUGCCUGACUAUCAAGCGCACCCGAUGAUGCGUCGCAUUACCAACCUUGUUCCACACCGGCCUUCCACCGCCCGGUCGGCUAAGGAAGGCUGGUGGGACCUCCUGACGGGCAAUUCUGCCCCCAACGCCACGGACCUGCCUUCUUACGAAGAGCUGUACCCGCAGCAGGAUGAACAGGGUGGCGAAGAUGUGACCCGUAUGAAAAAAUCGAGCAUGUUACAAGCGGCUACAGAUGCAGUUUUGGAUCAACAUUUUGAGGCACAGGCCAGUGCGCAAGCCAGCACAUCUCGCACAGUCACUGCCAAGCAGGAGAACGAGGAUCUUAAGGAUAUCCGUAUUGGAAAAAGGGUGAUCUCUCGCGAGCAGCAAAAGCAUCUCCGUGAACAGCAAGCACAGAGGAUGAAGGGUCUUGGUAGUGAUCGCAAUCUGUACUUUAUUUGGAUUCCUCUUCUGGUUCUGGUUAUCUGUGCAUGGGCUCGAAGCUAUGUUCCCGGCAUUUGGCAAGGAUUCUCGAGCGGUGUUGAGUUUGUGAAGACCCGCUAUGCGCAGCGCGCUUUGGAUCUUGGGGCUUAG